AUGUUCAAGGGGCUGAGCAAAGGCUCCCAGGGGAAGGGGUCCCCCAAAGGCUCCCCAGCCAAGGGCUCCCCCAAAGGCUCCCCCAGCAAACACAGCCGGGCUGCCACCCAGGAGCUGGCCCUGCUCAUCUCCCGCAUGCAGGCCAACGCUGACCAGGUGGAGCGGGACAUCCUGGAGACCCAGAAGAAGCUCCAGCAGGACCAGGCGCGCAGCGAGCAGCACCAGGCGCUGCAGCACCGGCAGGAGGCCGGCCGCAGCCUGAAGGAGGCCGAGGUGCUGCUGAAGGACCUCUUCCUGGACGUGGACAAGGCCCGGCGGCUCAAGCACCCGCAGGCCGAGGAGAUCGAGAAGGACAUCAAGCAGCUGCACGAGCGGGUGACCCAGGAGUGUGCCGAGUACCGCGCCCUGUACGAGCGGAUGGUGCUGCCGCCUGGCGUGGGGCCCCGCGUGGACUGGGCGCGGGCGCUGGAGCAGAAACAGAAGCAGGUCUGUGAGGGCCAGUACGGGCCCGGCAUGGCGGAGCUGGAGCGGCAGAUCGCCGAGCACAACAUCCUGCAGAAGGAGAUCGAGGCCUACGGGCAGCCGCUGCGGAGCCUCGUGGGCCCGUUCCAGGAGGACGCGGACUCGGUCAGUCAGACCCUGGCGAAGCUCAGCUCCAGCCUCAACACCCAGUACAGCCCCGGCCCUGGGUGCGCGCCAGGCACCGUCACUGAGCUGCUGUGUCAGCUGGAGGCCGAGGAGAAGCAGCUGGCCGUGGCCGAGAGGACCAUUGGGGACCUGCAGCGGUGGAGCCGGGACGUGGCGCCUCUGCCCCAGCGCAGGAACCCGCCCCAGAAGGCGCUGCAGGUGGACAGUAUCUGUGACUGGGACUCAGGAGAGGUGCAGCUGCUGCGGGGCGAGAAGUACCUGCUGAUGGACAACAGUGACCCACACACCUGGGUGGUGCAGUGCCCCGGCGGCGAGAGCAAGCGCGCCCCCGCUGCCUGCUUCUGCAUCCCAGGGCCGGACCCCGACGCCCUGGCCAGGGCCUCCGCGCUGGCCUCGGAGCUGCAGGCCCUGAAGCAGAAACUGGCCGCCGCCAGGAGCCGCCUGACACCCAGUGCUGUGGAGCCCCAGCGGCCUGGCCAGCAGGGUGCGACUGGUGCAGCCCCCACCGACCCACAGGCCCAGCAGCUCUUGACACAGAUGAGCAGGCUGCGCCGGGACCUGGGAGAGGCCGAGAAGCGGGUGCUGGGCUGGGUGCGGGCCCCGCUGAGCCGCACCUCGCCCGUGGAGGACCUGGAGGGCCGCGUGCAGAGCCGCAAGGACCUGGUCCAGCGGUUGCAGCACCUGGGAGCAGAGAAGGAGGCCGCCCAGCGCGAGUGCGAGGCGUUCCUGUCCACCCGGCCCGCGGGCUCCGCCGUCCUGCACCUGCCGGUGGCCCUCACCGAGGUCAAGAACAAGUACAGCGACGUGCAGGCUCUGUGCGACCUCUACGGGGAGAAAGCCAAGGCCGCCCUGGGGCUGGAGCAGCAGAUCCGCGAGGCCGACAAGGUCAUCCGCGGCUUCGAGUCCGCCCUGGUGCAGGAGCCCCCCAUCUCGGCUGCCCCCGGAGCCCUGCAGGAGAAGAUCGGGGAGCUGCAGCGCCAGCGGAGGGAGCUGCUGCAGCAGCAGGGCUGCGUGCUGGGUCUGCACCGAGAGCUGAAGGCCACGGAACACGCGUGCGGGGCCCUGCAGAGCCACUUCCAGGAGUUCUGCCCGGACCUGCCGCACCAGCAGCGCCAGGUGCGGGCCCUCACCGACCGCUACCACGCCGUGGGCGACCAGCUGGAGUUGCGGGAGAAGACCCUGCAGGACGCCAGUCUCACGUGCCAGCAGUUCAGGACCUGCAGGGACAACCUGAGCUCCUGGCUGGAACACCUGCCCCACAACCAGGUGCGGCCCAGCGACGGGCCCAGCCAGGUCGCCUACAAGCUGCGGGAGCAGAAGAGGCUGCUGCAGGAGAUCCAGGGCUGGGAGCAGGAGAGGGCAACGGCCUCGCGCCUCGCCCGGGACCUGCAGGCGGCGCUCCAGGACUACGAGCUCCAGGCCGACACCUACCGCUGCUCCCUGGAGCCCACCCAGGCAGGGCCGGCCCCCAAGAGACCGCGAGGGGCUCCCCUGCAGGACAGCAUCCAGGCCCAGGAGAGCAGCCUGGCGAAGGCCUUCACGGAGGCCGCGGCUGCUCAGAAGCAGCACCUGUGCCAGCUGGAGUUUGCCAGGAAGGUGCUGGAGAAGAGGGAACUCAGCGAGGACAUCCAGGGGGCCCAGGGCGCACAGCAGGGGUCUGAGGGCCACUCGGGGCGGCAGCCGGAGGCCCUGCGCGCCCAGCUGGAGGAGGAGCGGAGGCGGGUGGCCCAGGUGCAGCAGGAGCUGGAGACGCAGAGGCGCCGGCUGCUGCAGCUGAGGACCCAGCGGCCCUUGGAGCGGCUGGAGGAGACGGAGGUGGUGGAGCUGUACCGGGACCCCCAGCUGGAGAGCGGCCUGGGCCGGCUGCGGGCCCAGCUGGAGGGCGAGGGCAAGAAGCGCUCGGGCCUGCAGGCUGACCUGGAGGCGGUGGCCCAGAAGGUGGUGGAGCUGGAGAGCCAGAGGAAGGCCGUGCAGCCUCACCUGCUCACCAAGGAGGUCACCCAAAUCGAGCGGGACGCCGGCCUGGACAGCCAGGCGGCUCAGCUCGGCAGCGAGAUCCAGCAGCUCCGGGAGCAGGACAGGGCCGCCGCGGCCCGGCUGGAGGGGCUCAAGAAGGAGCUGCUGGCCCUCGAGCAGAAGGAGGCCCCCGUGAAGGAGACCGUGGUGGUGAAGGAGGUGGUCAAGGUGGAGAAGGACCUGGAGAUGGUCAGGGCAGCCCAGGCGCUGAGGCUGCAGCUGGAGGCGGACACGGCGCGGAGGAAGGCGGCGGAGGAGGCCGUGGCCAAGCUGCGGGCCCGCAUGGAGGCGCUGGAGCGCGCCAUCAGCGCCGUGGAGCCCAAGGUGGUCGUGAAGGAGGUGAAGCAGGUGGAGCAGGACCCGGGCCUGCUCCGGGAGGCGUCCAGGUUGCGGAAGCAGCUGGAGGAGGCGAGGGCCGAGAACGAGACGCUGGCCCGGGAGCUGCGGGCCCUGCACAGCGAGCACAGCGCGGCGGAGAAGCAGAAGCCCCGCGUGCAGGUGCAGGAGCGCGUGCACGAGCUCUUCCGGCUGGACCCCGCGACGGAGCGGGAGAUCGCCCGGCUGCGGGCCGCGCUGCAGGAGGCCGCCAGCCGGCGGGGCGGCGUGGAGAAGGAGGUGGAGCGGCUGCGGGCCGAGCUGGCCGUCCUGCGGGCCCAGCAGCCCGCGGUGGAGUACAAGGAGGUGACGCAGGAGGUGGUGAGGCACGAGAGGAGCCCGCAGGUGCUGCGGGAGAUCGACCGGCUGAAGGCCCGGCUCAACGAGCUGGUCAACGGCAGCGGGCGGGCGCAGGAGCAGCUCAUCCGGCUGCAGGGCGAGCGCGAUGCGUGGCGGCGGGAGCGGGCCAAGGUGGAGACCAAGACGGUCACCAAGGAGGUGGUGCGGCACGAGAAGGACCCGGUGCUGGAGAGGGAGGCCGAGCGGCUGCGCCAGGAGCUGCAGGAGGCUGCCCAGAAGCGGCGGGCGGCCGAGGACCUGGCCUACGAGCUGCAGAACAAGUUCCUGCUGCUGGAGCGGAGGCGGCCCGAGGAGAAGGUGGUGGUGCAGGAGGUGGUGGUCACCCAGAAGGACCCGAAGCUCCGCGAGGAGCACAGCCGGCUGGGCCGGAGCCUGGACGAGGAGCUGGGCCGGCGGCGGCAGCUGGAGCGGGAGGUGCAGCAGCUGCGGGCCGCCGUGGAGGAGCAGGAGGGCCGGCUCAGCUUCCGGGAGGACCGCAGCAAGAAGCUGGCCGCGGAGCGGGAGCGGCGCCGGCUGACCCUGCGGAUCCAGGAGCUGGAGCGGCGGCCCCCGGCGGUGCAGGAGAAGAUCAUCAUGGAGGAGGUGGUCAAGCUGGAGAAGGACCCAGAGCUGGAGCAGGCCGCGGGCGCCCUGCGGCGGGACCUGGACCAGCAGCAGGCCCGGGUGGCCGAGCUGCACCGCGAGCGCCAGAGCCUGCAGCUGCGGCUCGACCUCCUCCAGAAGACCAAGUCGCAGGAGAAGACCGUCUACAAGGAGGUGGUCAGGGUGGAGAAGGACCGGGCGCUGGAGGGCGAGCGGGCCCGGGUGUGGGCGGCCGUCCUCCGCGAGAAGGACCAGGUCCACGAGAAGGAGCGGGCCCUCCGGGACCUGCGCGGCAAGCUGAGCCGGGAGGAGGUCAGCCAGGAGACCCAGACGCGGGAGACCAACCUCUCCACCAAGAUCUGCAUCCUGGAGCCCGAGACCGGCAGGGACUUGUCCCCGUACGAGGCCUACCAGAGGGGCAUCGUCGACCGCGGCCAGUACCUGCAGCUGCAGGAGCUGGAGUGCGACUGGGAGGAGGUGAGCACCUCGGGCCCCUGCGGGGAGGAGUCGGUGCUGCUGGACCGCAAGAGCGGGAGGCAGUACUCCAUCGAGGCCGCCCUGCGCGGCCGGCGCGUCUCCAAGGAGGAGUACCGUCUCUACCGGGAGGGCCGGCUGCCCGUGUCCGAGUUCGCCCUGCUCGUGGCCGGGGAGACCGGGCCCUGCGCCGCGCCCUCCAUCGGCUCCAUCAUCUCCAAGUCCCCGCGCGCCUCCCCGGGCCCCCGGAGCGCCUGCUGCUUCUCGCCCGGCUUCUGCGCGGGGCUGGGCGACGACAGCUUCCCCAUCGCCGGCGUGUACGACACCACCACCGACAACAAGUGCAGCAUCAAGACGGCCGUGGCUAAGAACAUGCUGGACCCCGUCACCGGGCAGAAGCUGCUGGAGGCACAGGCGGCCACGGGCGGCAUCGUGGACCUGCUGACGCGGGAGCGCUGCUCCGUGCACAAGGCGCUGGAGCGGGGCCUGAUCGACGGCGCCUGCACGCAGAGGCUGCUCAACGCCCAGAAGGCCUUCACCGGCGUGGAGGACCCGCUCAGCAGGAAGCGGCUGUCGGUGGGCGAGGCGGUGCAGAAGGGCUGGAUGCCCCGGGACAGCGUGCUCCCGCACCUGCUGGCGCAGCACCUGACCGGGGGCCUCGUCGACCCCACGAGGACCGGCCGCAUCCCCGUGCCGCAGGCCGUGCAGUCCGGGAUGAUCAGCGAGGAGCUGGCCCAGCUCCUGCAGGACGAGUCCAGCUACGAGAAGGAUCUGACAGACCCCAUCUCCAAGGAGCGGCUGAGCUACAGGCAGGCCAUGGGGCGCUGCCGGAAGGACCCCCUGAAACGGAGAACUGACUUGUCUGGGGCGCCUGGGUGGUUCUGCCGGGUGCGGGUGCGGCGGGGCCGGGGGCGGGUCACCGACGGCCGGAGACGGCCCUCCCGGGGCCCCCGCGGCCGCUGUCCGCCUCCCGCUGCCAGCGAGUCCCCGGGGCCCCCGUGA